AUGAAUUCAUUUUUAACACCAACAAAUCUUUGUUCUCAAUGUGCUUCAUUUUUCAUACAAUCAAUACGUUAUUUACCACAGAGUUUACAAUCUAUAACAAAUGAAGCAUUAAAACAAUUUUCAACAAAAACCAAAGCAAAACAAAUACGAUAUUCAAGGCAUAAAAUUGAUCAAAAAGUCAUUGCAGCAACACAACAAGCUUUUGAUAUUAAUAUUGAAUCUUUAUUAGAUGGAAUAUCAAAAGAAGAACUUCAAAAAUUAUCUGUCGCACCAUUACCAUCAACAUCUUGUCUAUCAUGUCAAGUUGGUAUUACUCAACAUAUCAGUCAUAAAGAUUUACUAAAAGUUGAGAGUUUAAUCUAUAAUCAAGUUCGUGGAUUUAAAACACGCCAUGCACAUUCACCCGGUAUUGGCGGAACUAGUAAUACUAGUACAAUGUCAGGCUCAUCUCGAAUUUCAAAUGAUUUUGAUGGAUAUCGAUUAUCGGUAGGUAGUAGUGGAAGACAUUCCCAAUAUUCAAAUGAUCCAAAUCAACCACCAUUAACAGCUUUUGUCAAUCGAUUUAUGCAAUAUUAUGGUCGUGGAAAUUCUUCAUCCCAAAAUAUGGAUGGAAAACGUCUUCAAGAUAUUUUACAAACAACAACACAUAUUGAUGACCAACAGAAAGUAAAAAUUGCAUUUGCUGAAGGUUAUGCUGCAGCAUCUGGUGCUGGUGGUGAAUCAAAAUCAAAAGAUCGUCCAUCAUUAUUUAAAGCUGUACGUGUUGUAUUAUUUUAUGGUAUUUUAAUCAUGCUUAUUAUAAAUAUUAUUUCUUCUGUUGGCGGUGAUAAUGUUCGUGGUGGAUUUGCAAAUGCAUUUUCAGCUAUUAGUAAAUAUGAAAUUAAUCCCGAAGAAAUUAAAGUUAAUUUUUCUGAUGUUCGAGGGGCUGAAGAAGCAAAAGAUGAAUUAAUUGAUAUAGUAGCAUAUCUUAAAGAACCAGAAAAAUAUACAAAAUUAGGUGCUCGACUUCCUAAAGGUGUACUUCUUGUUGGUCCACCUGGCAUCGGUAAAACACUCUUAGCUCGAGCUGUUGCUGGUGAAGCUGCUGUUCCAUUUUUUCAUACAUCUGGUUCAGAAUUUGAUGAAAUGUUUGUUGGUACAGGUGCUCGUCGUGUACGUCAAUUAUUCACUGCUGCUAAAGCUCGUGCACCAUGUGUUAUAUUUAUUGAUGAAAUUGAUUCUGUUGGCGCUAAACGAUCAAGUUCACAAUUACAUCCAUAUGCUAAUCAAACAAUAAAUCAACUUCUUGCAGAAAUGGAUGGAUUUGAAAAAAACGAAGGAAUUAUUAUAUUAGCUGCAACUAAUCGUCGUGAUUAUCUUGAUUCAGCACUUUUACGACCAGGUCGUUUUGAUUCAGAAAUACAUAUAUCACCACCUGAUCUUCGUGGUCGAAAAGAAAUAUUUGAACUUUAUCUUUCUAAAGUUACAUAUGAUCGAAAUGUUGAUAUGGAAUAUUUAGCAAAAGGUACAACUGGAUUUACGGGAGCUGAUAUUGAAAAUAUGGUUAAUCAAGCUGCACUUUAUGCUGCUCAAAUCGAUGCAUCAGCAGUAAAUAUGAAACAUCUUGAACAUGCUCGUGAUAAAAUUCUAAUGGGUCCAGCUAAAAAAUCUAAAAUACCUGAUCAUGAAACAAAUAAUAUAACAGCUUAUCAUGAAGCAGGUCAUACUAUAGUUCGAUAUUUCACUAAUGAUGCUGAUCCAUUACAUAAAGUAACAAUAAUACCACGUGGACAAGCACUUGGUUUUACAGCACAUAUUCCAUUGAAAGAAACAUAUAAUCGAACAAGAUCUCAAUUAUUAGCUGAAAUGGAUGUUAUGAUGGCUGGACGUGCUGCUGAAGAACAAAUAUUUGGUACGGAUAAAAUAACUACCGGUGCAGCAAGCGACUUCAAUCAAGCAACUAAACUUGCGACAAAUAUGGUUAAACAAUUUGGUAUGUCAGAGAAAGUUGGUACAAGAUCAUUUCGAGAAGAAGAACAAGAUGCUGGUUUAGGUUUUGUUCGUGUUAAUGAUAUAAGUCCAUCAAUGCAAGAAAUGAUUGAUUUAGAAAUAAAACGUCUCAUGCAGGAAUCAUAUGAUCGUGCAAAAGCAUUAUUGAAACAACAUGCACAUGAACUUAAAAUUCUUGCUGAAGCAUUACUUAGUUUUGAAACACUUUCAGCUGAUGAAGUCAAAGUAUUACUUGAAGGAUGA